AGAAGAAGAAGAGGAAGAAACCCUCGUCGCCUCCUCCUCCUCCUCCGCCAUGGUGGAGACUCGCCGGAGCUCCGCCGCCGCGGCGUCCAAGCGCUCCUCCCCGUCCCCUUCCUCCUCCUCCGCCCCUCCCCCGAAGCGCCCCAAGGCGGAGGCGGCGCCCGCGUCGCCGACGGCGUCGGUGCCCGGGAGAAUCGAGGAGGAUUCGGCGGCGACCAAGAGCGCCGGCUCGGGCGAGGACGCCGCGGCCAAGAGAGAUCAAGGAGGGGAUAAGGCGGCUGUCGCUGUGGUGGAGAGCUCGCGCAAGAAGAAGGAGCAGCAGCAGCAACAGCAGCAGCAGCAGCAGCAGCAGGCGACGCCUUGGGCGAAGCUGCUUUCGCAGUCCUCACAGAGUCCUCACCUUCCUAUCAGUGUUCCUCAGUUUUCUGUUGGUCAGAAUAAAAGCUGUAAUUUGUGGCUGAAAGACCAACCUGUUAGCAAAAUUCUUUGCAGGUUGCGGCAACUCGAGCAAGGUACAUGUGAGCUAGAAGUUCUAGGCAAGAAGGGUACGGUCCAAUUAAACGGAAGGUCCAUAACUGCUGGCACAAAAGUUCCCCUUAAAGGAGGGGAUGAAGUUGUUUUCAGUCCAUGCGGCAAGCAUGCCUACAUUUUUCAGCAUCCAUUGAAUGACAAAAUUCCUAAAAUGGUGCCGCCAUCUCCUGUCACCCUUUUAGAACCUCCAGUUGCUGGUGUCAAGCGUCUCCGGAUGGAGAACAGAACAGGAGACACUUCAGCUGUUGCAGGGACAGAGCUAUUAGCAUCCGUAUCUGAUCAGUUGAAGGACCUAUCAGCUGCACCACCUGCAUCAGCUGGAGAGAACAAUCAGAGAUUAGUACGACCUAUGGCAUCAUCCGCUUCUGAUAAAUCAAAAGGAAAUGGCAUCAUCCCUGACAAGGAAUGUGAGAACGGGGAAAAUGCUAAUGAAGUUAAUUCUAAUGUUGAAGAUUCUCCAUUAGAUGUGGCUGCAGCCCCCGUAGUAUCUCCUGAUGCUGUCCCGAACGACAUCAGUCAACACAAUGGCUUUGGAUCUGAUGCUCAUCUUGGUGCUGAAAUCGGUAAGAUUGCAACUUAUAAGAUAAGGCCAGUUCUGAGGAUGAUUGCAGGAACAACUAUAUCAGAGUUCGAUUUGACUGGUGAUCUUUUUAAAGCUCUUGAAGAUCAGAGGGAUCUCAUCAGGCAUCUUAACUCUUCAGCCAGUUUACCUCCAAGCAGAUGCCAAGCCUUUAAGGAUGGGAUGAAACAAGGAAUUAUUAGUCCAAAUGAUAUUGAUGUUACAUUUGAAAAUUUUCCUUAUUACCUCAGCGAUAACACAAAGAAUGUGCUCUUAUCAUGUGCAUUCAUACACUUGGAAAAGAAGGAAUUCAUCAAACAAUUCUCAGAAAUUUCAUCAAUAAACCAACGGAUUCUAUUAUCUGGUCCAGCAGGUUCGGAGAUUUAUCAGGAAACAUUGAUAAAGGCACUUGCAAAACAUUUCGGUGCUAGGCUACUUGUUGUUGAUUCGCUUUUGUUGCCUGGGGCGCCUUCAAAGGACCCAGAGUCGCAGAAAGAUGCUGCGAAGUCUGAUAAGUCAGGGGAUAAGGCUGGUAGUGAGAAGUUGGCAAUUCUUCAUAAGAACCGCUCUUCCUUGGCAGACGCUAUGCACUUCAGGAGGCCAGCUGUACAACCUUCUAGUGUGCAUGCUGAUAUCGUGGGUACAUCGACUCUGCAUUCUGCAUCUUUGCCCAAACAGGAAUCAUCAACAGCUACAUCCAAGAGCUAUACUUUUAGAGAAGGGGAUAGGGUAAGAUAUGUGGGUCCAGCUCAGCAAUCGUCAUUGUCGCAAAGGGGACCCAGUUAUGGUUAUCGAGGCAGAGUGAUGCUUGCUUUUGAAGAAAAUGGGUCUUCCAAAAUUGGAGUUCGAUUUGACAAGCAGAUCCCUGAUGGUAAUGAUCUUGGUGGUUUGUGCGAGGAAGAUCAUGGUUUCUUCUGCUCUGCUGACUUACUUCGCCCUGACUUUUCUGGUGGUGAAGAGGUUGAAAGGCUAGCAAUGGCCGAGUUAAUUGAAGUCAUCUCAGAGGAACACAAAGCUGGCCCUAUGAUAGUGUUACUUAAGGAUGUAGAGAAAUCAUUCACUGGAAUUACAGAGUCACUUUCAUCUUUGAGGAAUAAGCUUGAAGCGCUUCCAUCUGGUGUGCUUAUUAUAGGAUCUCACACUCAAAUGGACAGCCGCAAAGAGAAGGCCCACCCAGGUGGAUUUCUUUUUACAAAGUUUGCUAGUAGCAGCCAGACGCUAUUUGACCUUUUCCCGGAUAGUUUUGGUAGUCGGUUGCAUGAAAGGAACAAAGAAAGUCCGAAGGCAAUGAAACAUCUAAAUAAACUUUUCCCUAACAAAAUUUCGAUCCAACUUCCACAGGAUGAAACAUUACUCACAGAUUGGAAGCAACAACUGGAUCGUGACGUUGAAACCCUUAAAGCUAAAUCCAAUGUUGGUAGCAUUCGCACGUUUCUGAGCCGCAAUGGAAUUGAAUGCAGUGACCUUGAAGAAUUAUUCAUCAAAGAUCAAUCACUGACCAACGAAAAUGUGGACAAGAUAGUUGGCUAUGCUGUUAGUUAUCACCUUAAGCACAAUAAAGUCGAGAUCUCCAAGGAUGGUAAACUUGUAUUGGCGAGCGAAAGCCUUAAGCAUGGGCUCAACAUGCUGCAGAAUAUGCAAAGUGAUAACAAGAGCUCAAAAAAAUCACUGAAGGAUGUUGUCACAGAGAACGAAUUUGAGAAAAGGCUUCUGGCAGAUGUUAUACCACCUAAUGACAUUGGAGUCACCUUUGAUGAUAUUGGAGCCUUGGAAAAUGUAAAAGACACAUUGAAGGAGCUGGUGAUGCUUCCUCUGCAAAGGCCUGAAUUGUUCUGCAAAGGACAGCUAACGAAGCCUUGCAAGGGAAUAUUGCUGUUUGGACCUCCUGGUACUGGGAAAACCAUGCUUGCUAAGGCAGUAGCAACUGAAGCAGGUGCUAACUUCAUUAACAUAUCAAUGUCAAGCAUUACAUCGAAGUGGUUUGGCGAAGGAGAGAAAUAUGUAAAAGCUGUUUUCUCAUUAGCAAGUAAAAUAGCUCCAAGCGUUAUAUUCAUUGAUGAGGUUGAUAGUAUGCUAGGAAGGAGAGAGAAUCCAGGGGAGCAUGAAGCGAUGCGCAAGAUGAAAAACGAAUUUAUGGUGAAUUGGGAUGGAUUACGCACUAAAGAUAAAGAACGUGUACUGGUUCUUGGUGCCACAAAUAGGCCUUUCGACCUGGAUGAGGCUGUCAUUAGGAGGUUCCCGCGCAGGUUAAUGGUUAACUUACCUGACGCAUCGAAUAGAGAAAAGAUUCUGAAAGUAAUAUUGGCAAAGGAAGAGUUGGCUCCAGGUAUUGAUAUGGAUUCUCUUGCCACUAUGACCGAUGGAUAUUCAGGAAGUGACCUGAAGAAUCUAUGCGUGACCGCAGCUCAUUACCCCAUUCGAGAAAUCCUUGAGAAGGAAAAGAAGGUUGGCAUUGCUUGUACCUUGCUGUCAACUGAAGACCUAGAUAAAGAGAAAAAUGUGGCAAAAGCAGAAGGCAGGCCUGAGCCUGCAUUGUAUGGUAGUGAGGACAUUCGUCCUCUGACCUUAGAUGAUUUCAAAUCUGCCCAUGAGCAGGUUUGUGCAAGCGUUUCAUCUGAUUCAGCAAACAUGAAUGAACUUCUUCAAUGGAACGACCUAUAUGGCGAGGGCGGUUCGAGGAAGAAGAAAGCACUGAGCUACUUCAUGUGAGAGCGAUUCCAUCAUAACAUGUGAGAGAGAUUAAGACCCUGCCAUAUUGAUAUUGUACAGUCGCUAUACCACCCCUCUUGGCAAGCGCUUCGCGACUUGGCCGGCCAAAACCAGUCGGGUUUUUUCCUCUUCUCCCUUCAGGAGCAGCGGCCGCCCUACCUUCGUCCUCCAUCGUGUAAUUAAAUUGUGUACUGAAACCAGUUCAGGUUUAUUUGUCAGCUGUUUGUUGCUCGAGUUAACUUGUAAUGUUAUCAUUGCCUUACCCCAAUGCCACCUCUUUUUUUCCCCCCUCUUCUGCAUCCUUGGCUGUAGUAGCAUAUAGUCCUUGUGUACCUCUGUACAUGUUGAAAUCAAAGGACAUGGGAAUAAGAACAUUGUCCUGUUGUCGACAGUAUAAUGAUUCUGACUAGCCAUGGGUUGUUGACAUUAUAAGGAGGAACUAAGACGUCUUUGCGUCUUAAUUUUUUUUCUAUAUAUAUCUUGAGCUGAUAGAUUA